AUGAAGCUUUCUGGACUUCUGAGAAUCCUUGUGCUCUUUGUUUUCUUUGGGUAUGUCCAGGGAUCUGUAAUUGACUGGUUCUUUCCAAGGAGAUGUCCCAGAAUCAGAGAGCAAUGUGAAUUCAAGGAAAGGAACGUAUGUUUAAAGGACAGACAGUGCCCCAAAAAUGAGAGAUGUUGCAUCUUCAGCUGUGGAAAAAAAUGUAUGGACCUCACGAAAGAUGUAUGCAGUCUGCCGAAAGAAACUGGUCUCUGCCUGGCUUAUUUUCCACGUUGGUGGUAUAGUAAGGAAAAUAAUACCUGCUACAAGUUCAUCUACGGUGGCUGCCGUGGAAACAACAACAACUUCCAAACCAAAGCCAUGUGUGAGAACACCUGCUACAAAAGCCCAAAAUGUCCCAAAAAGGAAGUAACUUGUGAAUAUGAGGAAAUCGGCCAGUGUACAAAGGACCAGCACUGCCCAGACAAGAAGAAGUGCUGCGAUUUCAGCUGUGGGAUGAAAUGUUUAGACGUCAAAGCUGGUACGCCUCAAUAUGCUGAACUGUCUCCUGUCCUCUCCUCCUCUUCUUAUUGCAACAUUGUCCCACCCACUAUCUCCGCUCACUGA